AUGACUUCUGAAGAUGAGCGUUGGCAUCGCCAAGCCUUUGGUGGUACUCCGGAAAGAGAAGCCGACGAUUAUUUCGGAGUUGUCCCAACUGAAGAGUCGCCUCUUCUUCACACCGAUCUGCCGCCAGAUGUCGUGCCGGACAAGCCCUUCCAGCACCUGGUUCUGAGCGUGUGCGUGCUCUUCCUAUUCGUCGUUGAAGUCAGCAUGUUCGUCAUGCAGCCGCCGUUGCAGCAAGUGAUGGAGGACCGUGUCUGUGGCGAAAUUUACCCAGAUCAUCUGGUUGGCACCAUGUCGGAGACUGAUGACCGUUGCAAAGAUAACACAGUCCAGAAAGAGUUGGCCAUGCUGCGAUCAUGGGAAGUAUCAGCCGAGAUGUUUGUUCCCUUCUUUGUGCAGAUCCCGUACGGCAUCAUUGCCGACAAGUAUGGCCGGCGACCCGUCCUAUUCCUGGCUCUAUUUGGGGCCGUCCUGCAAACCGCUUGGAUCCUCUUAGUUUUGGGAGUGCCGAAACACUUCUCUGUCUGGUCAAUAUUGUAUGGCAACAUGGCAUAUUUCAUCGGAGGAGGCGGGCAAAUGGCGGCAGCUAUGGUAUGGACGCUCCUCGCAGAUGCCAUCCCCAUGGCCGAGCGCACGAGUGUCUUUUACCUUCUUCAUGCCAUGAUUCUCAUCCUGGGAGUUCUUGUAAACCCCAUUGCCGCUCUGCUACUCAAGACCAAUCCCUGGAUUGCACUUUGGUUGGGGUUUGCCAUUCUUGUGGUUGGUGUCUUUGCCUCGCUGCUAGUCCCAGAAACGCUGGCGCUGCGUCAAAAGGCGGAUAGCAAGAGAUGUCGAGGCGGAAUUGUCGAUGGUGCGAUUCAUGCCAACUAUAGCCCUCGAAAAUCCCGGGUUCAGCAUGUCGUAUUUACGAUGAAGAACGACAUGGGCCACGUCUGGCGCUUUAUUUUUGCUUCCAAGAGCGUCAUGAUUCUUAUAGUUGCCUACACGAUCAACUUCCCAAUCAAGCUCAACCAGACGUUCAAUUUGCUGCAGUACAUGACCAAAAGGUUCGACUUGGCAUGGUCAACGGCAACGUAUAUUUCCACGGUCAGCAACGUGACAGCGGCGGUUGUGCUUCUCGUAGUAUUGCCAGCGGGCUCCUGGGUGCUGGCGAAUAAGUGCAAGGAAGGGCCUUUGAAAAGAGAUUUGAUCUUGACUCGCAUGUCUGUAGUCUUUAUCAUGGCCGGUAGCUUUCUCAUAGCAAUGGCCCCUACCGUGUGGCUGUUCAUCGCUGCUCUUGUCUUGACGAGCCUCGGCACCGGAUUUUCAACCCUUUGCAGAGCUUUGCUAAAUGCUGUUGUCGAACCUCAUACCGUCGCCACCCUAAAAACGACCGUGUCGAUGAUGGAGACUGUCAUGGGCCUUGUCAGCUCUCCAAUUCUAGGGUGGCUCCUCAGCAAAGGCAUAGAGCUUGGUGGAAUAUGGAUGGGAUUACCAUAUCUGGUCUGCGCAGUGCUUGCGGCACUCACAGGAGUCAUGAUGCUGGCAUAUAGAUUUCCAACAGGAUUCGCCCAGGCAUCUUCAUGA